AUGGCGGUGAAGAAGAAACUAUCCUGGAGAUCACUAAUGGUUAUAUGUUUCUUGGAUCCAGAGAACAUCUGUUCAUCAAAAAAGGCAAAGAAAAAUGAUGGUGAUGGUGUCAUAACAAAACAGAAAUCAUUUCUCGGAUUGUCAAUUUUAGACAUAAGCGAUCCAAGUUCCUCAACCUUAUCUGAAGAUCUUUCAAUCUCGCUCGCUGGUUCGGAUCUCCACGUUUUCACACAGGCAGAACUCAAAGUCAUAACACAAAGCUUCUCUUCAAGCAACUUCCUUGGCGAAGGAGGGUUCGGUCCAGUUCACAAAGGGUUCAUCGACGACAAGCUACGUCCUGGUCUUAAAGCUCAGCCUGUCGCCGUUAAACUUCUCGAUCUCGAUGGCCUUCAAGGUCACCGUGAAUGGCUGGUUCGUAUAUUCCUUUCCCUACUCAUCUGUUCCAUCCUUUACAAAAGACUUAAGUCUUGA